AUUUUUUUAUGUAUCGUGACUAUUAUGGCUAACAACGGAAGAAAAAGAAAAUCUUUUAUAGAUUCUUUACCCGACAGGGUUUUCCAUGGAUUCACAUUUCGACAAGGAAGACCUCUAAAAGAUGGUGCUCGACGUUUAAUUUGUUUGCAUGGCGAAUCACAUGCUUGCGAUGCCUCAGGUACCUUAUCUGCCACUGAUGACUUCAAUCCCGAUGCAGAAAUUAAAGCUCGGUUUACUCGAGAUUUGUAUAUCGCAACUAAACAUCAAUUCCGAACUCUUCAAAUAAUAUAUGAUGAAAUAGCAUUGCUUCAUGAAGAAGGUGCCGCUCUACUGAGUUUUAACGACAAUAACAGGAAAAUGCAGGCAUGGUUAGAGAACAGGGUGUUACCAGAAGUCACAUCAAUUGGUGACAUUAAAUUACAAUUAAAUGACCCUCUGUUUAAAAAUAUCAAUCUGCACAAUGCCGGAAAGACGGAGAUUGAAUUCGUACAAGAUGAGGAAGGUCAGAAUACUGCUAUGAUUCUUGUAGAUGCGAAUCUUUUAUCGCAACUGGAGACCAUGACUUUAUUUAUACAGUCAACAGAUCAUAAAUUCGAAGGUGUCGAUAAUCUUCAAUUAACAUCAAUCUCAACAAAGCAUAUGGAUUAUAUUUUACCCUUAGUAUGGAUUAUUUUAUCGGAUAAAAAUGAAAAAAUUUGUGAAAGUAUACUUCGCAAGAUUUUAACGUUACAACCUACCUUGUCACCUACAGCAAUUUAUAGUGAGUUUGACAGUGAUUAUUGGAGAGCUGUCAAAGCAGUAUUUCCAAAUGUAAUCAUCAAAGGAAUGUUUUUGAGUCAUUGUAAGAUCAUGAUAAACACGGCCAAAUUGAAGAAUAUUAAUUUAACAGAUGAAAGAACAAUGUCAAUAUUAUCAAAAAUCAUAUCAAUGAGCUUGUUACCUGCAGACAAGAUUGUAAACAGUUUACGAGAGUUUGUUGGCUCUACGAUGACUAAUCAAGAUUUUGAAAAUUUAAAUGAACUGAUGACAUUUUAUGAUGAAAAGUGGCUUACAAGCAUUGACGUUGAGAAUUACUCUUUCUAUAAUGAUUCAAUGUCAUUGCGGAAGAACGGAGAACUAAUUCUUCAAGAUAUGAAAAAUCGACUUAAGAAAGUCAACGCGUUAUGGAAUUUAAUUGAGGAAGUAUCAUCGAUCAAUUCUCAAAUACAUUUUCACCAGGAUAACUUAGCUAAAAAAGGACAUUUUAACAUUCCUUCCAGAAAAGUUAAAAAUAUUUUUACUGGAGUAAAAAACUGUAAAUGUAUUUCUGAUGCAUGGAAAGAAAUUGAAGCAAAAGUUUUAUCUUCUAUUGAUUUAAUAAUGAGAACUGCAGAUAAUCUAACACCAAUAUUACGUAAUUUGUCAAAUUCUGAUGUUAAAAUUCCGAUUCAGUUUCAAUUAGUAAAUUUAACUACCGAUGAAGAAAAUGAAUUAAUUGAUGCUGAUGAUGAGUUACCAAUAUUGAAUUCAUCUGAUGAUGAACCCAUUGAUGAUGAGUUACCAAUAUUGAAUUCAUCUAAAGAUGAGCCCAUUGAUGAUGAGAUACCAAUAUUGUAUUUAUCUGAAGAUGAGCCAAUUGAUGAUGAGUUACAAAUAUUGAAUUCAUCUGAAGAUGAGCCCAUGGAUGAUGAGUUACCAAUAUUGAUUUCAUCUGAUGAUGAGCCCAUUGAUCAUGAGUUACCAAUAUUAAAUUUAUCUGAUGAUGACCACAUUGAUUAUGAGCCCAUCGAUAAUGAGCCCGUCAAUGACGAACCCAUUGAUACUUUAGACGAAGAAGAAGUUCAAGGGUAUAUUCACAGUCAGCACUGUUUGGGAUGUUAUGAAGAUAGUAUCGAAAUUGGUUACAGGCCUUGCACUUACGCACCUGUUUGA